CCACUUCAUCAGCAGCAGCAGCAAUUCAGCUUCAACAACAGCAUCUUUGCCUAUUUCCCUAUCCUCCCAUCUCAUUACAUAUAUAUAACAGUUACUCAAACCUCGUAAUCCAGCAUAAGAAACAUCUGAACCAGAUCAAAUACUAAAAAGAACAACCCUCAAUCAGCCUUGUGGAUUUGAGCUGCUUACAUUAAGGUUCUGCGGCUUUCUGAGUUCCGGGCUUUCAAAUUUAUGAAAGUUUUCUGCUUCUGCUGCAUACAAGGAAUAGGUAAAUUUCUUCAAGUUCAACGGGUAGACGUUCCUCUGUCCUUGAAGUGAAGUGACAGUUUAUCUCAGGUCAACAGUAAGAGGAAAUGGAGAGUGCUUUUACCUGGGAAUACAAGACGCUGAUUGACGAGCUAACUCAAGGGAUGGAGAAAGCUAAGCAGCUCCGGUUCCAUUUGUUCUCGACGUCCCCCUCUGAAGCACAGGACUUGCUUCUGCAGAGGAUAUUGUCUUCUUAUGAGAAGGCUUUGUUGAUUCUCAGGUGGAGCCGAUUGGAUGGAAAAACUGGAGCAGCCGUGCCGGCGCCCCAGUCUUCAGUUUCAGUAGAUGGAAGUCCAAGAAGUGAGAAUUUGAACAAGAAUUUCAGUGAUCAUCAGGACUACAGUACUUCAAAGAAGAGAAAGCUUCAGCCAACAUGGACGGAACAAGUGAGAGUUAACUCCGAGAAUGGACUUGAAGGGCCAACUGACGAUGGGUAUAGUUGGAGAAAAUAUGGGCAGAAAGACAUUUUGGGAGCUAAAUAUCCAAGGAGCUAUUACCGAUGUACUUACCGUCUCGUUCAAAAUUGCUGGGCGACAAAGCAAGUGCAAAGAUCUGAUGAUGACCCUACCAUAUUUGAGAUAACAUAUAAAGGAACACACACGUGCAACCAGUCGAUAAAUGCAGUUCCACCGCCAGCAUCACCUGAAAAACAAGAAGUGAAACAUAGUUCUCACGAACAUCAGUUACAGCAACCGAAUCAGACACUUUUGAACUUCAAAACUAACCUCAGAGUUGCCACUGAGAACUUGGACAACAAGGCGAUGCCGCCCCAGUUCUCUUUCCCAUCAACAUAUGACAAGGAAAAUCACUAUUUUCCAAUCUCUGCUCUUGUUGACGACAGUCAUUUGGGAGCAUAUUCCUCACUGUUUUUAUCUCCAGCAACAUCAGAAUCAAAUUACUUCUCUCCAGCAACCUGCCAAAUCAAGAACUUUGGAGGGACUCCUACUUACCAACAUUCAGAAUCUGAUAUUCCUGAGAUAAUUUCAGCUCAUGCUUCGACAACCAAUUCCCCAAUUGGAGGCAUGGAGUUCCCUUUUGAUCCGGUAGAGCUUGAUCCAGAUUUCCCAUUUAACGCCUCAGAAUUUUUCAGAUAAUUGAACCUUAAAGUUGAUAAUAAGAGGUAUAGGUUUUCCAACAAUUAAGAUUCGUUCUAGUUUUCUUUAAAUGUUAGAGGGAGACAUUGUAGCAGAAACUUCUCCAGAUGUGUAAUAUGAUAUGCAAAAUUAGGAAUUUAUAUUUAUCAAUAACUAACAAAUUCCACAGUCUAGUUUUCACUUACAACCAGGAACAAGAUCGACAAACUAAUUUCUGUACAACAGCUCGUCAAGACAAAGCAACCAAAAAAAGUUCGAGAACAGCCUAUUAGUUCACAGAUCUGUUCCAAUCAAUAAAAUUACUACCCAAAAGUGGACUAAAAGUUGGAGUUACAUGAAAUGGUUGCAGACAAGAUUACCAGCAUGAUCUUUCGUGUUCAUGUAGACAGCCUGCUCAAGGUUCACAGUUGCAGAGUACUAAAAUGAUCACUAAUAACAAAAGAAACAAGAAUCACGAGUGGCCAAGCAUUUACUCAAACAAAGACAAGACAUUGACAGAAGCAUUUUAGAGUACUGCUGAAGAUCAGAUGCCCUGCAUAUCAUUGCGUUACACGGAAAGAGGUUGAUUUAUCCUAGCUGCAAAAUCUACAACACAGGAAUUUUCUGGAGCAUAUGUACAUGCAUUUAUCACCUAGAUUGAUGACUUCUCCUUCUCUUCGA